CUUACCAAGCUGCAUGAUUCCUUUUCCCGUCCUUCGUCUAAUCAACGCCUUCAGCCCGCUGGUAUGGACUUUGGCAAAGCUGUCGGGACGGCAUGCGCCACCUUCGCCGUCACCAACAUAGACGACAUUUUCGUCCUGGUCACCUUCUUUGCAGAGUCAUCCACCAGCAAAACCCUCACGCCGCUCAGGAUCACCAUCGGUCAAUAUGUCGGAUUUACCGCCAUCGUCAUCGUUAGUAUGAUCGGCUUCGGUGCCGCCUUUCUGCUCCCCACCGAACCCAUUGGAUUCCUCGGUCUGCUGCCUAUCCUGCUCGGGAUAUGGUGGCUAUCUGCGUUUGUUUUCCCGGGCGGAGACGACCAAGACGACGAUCCUACUCUUCCCGACGUGUCCGCUGCUGGAGCCACGGUCGGGAUUUUUAGCCUGGUGGGGAUCAAGAGCAUCCUCAAGGUGGCAAGCAUCACGGUCAUCAACGGAUCGGACAACAUCAGCACCUACAUUCCACUGUUUUCCCAAGCAAAGGGCUCAGAGAUCGCGGUGUAUGUCGUCACGUACUACAUCCUGCUCGGGGUCUGGUGCCUCGCUGCGUUCCUGAUCAUGAAGCAGAGGCACAUCCUCCGCAUAGCGCAAAAGUACGCGAGCAUAGUGGUGCCUUUCCUCUACAUGGGUCUCGGCAUUUUCAUCAUCGUCGACUCCGAGUGCUACCCGUGGUCGAUUGAGCGCAUAGACCACGGGCUUGCGGCGCACCCGGGAAGGGCCAUCAUGGCGGUUGUGACGACUGUUGUCCUCUUGUGUUGCAUCGGCGCAAUGAUGUGGCUCAGGUGGCGAAAGAGAGCCCAGACUCUUGAGGGCUCGGAACAAGACGCUUCUGAGGCUGGUUCGGUAGCAAUUCGUGAGCAGGAGCUUGCGCAAGAUGGGAAGACGGAGCCUUUGGAACCUGCCAAGGUUGUCGGCACCGAUCAAGCUACGACAGAUAAUUUGAAAGCCACGGAUCUAGGUGCUCCUCCACAAGCUCGCUCGGAUGAAGGUGCCGGGAAGCCCGCAGACAUGACGGCUGGUUCAGAGCCGUCUUCGAUUGUGGAUGGGCAGCAACUCAGUUCUGUGCAUAUCGGCUCUUCUGGGAAGUCUCUUGCAUCCUGUCUUUGUGAGCAAGUCGCUAAACAAACGCAGUGCUUUGGGAAGAAGAAGAAAAAGGACGAGGACGAGGACGAGAAAAAAGAGAUCCCUUCAUCAAACAAGUAUUUUAUCGACUACCUGAUCUACUUUCUCCCGGUGUUUGUGGUCAUCUUUGAUGCCCUCUGCCUCGCAGGGUGUGUAGGAACCUCGCCCGGCAUCCCGACCCUGUACCUCGUCACCAUGGCCCAACAACCAACCCUGACCAACGGCCUCGAGCUCUCCAUAGGCUACUUUGGCAUCUGCGCCAGGCCACCAGACGGCGGGCUGACCUGCCAACUCUCCAAGAACCCGACCCCGAGGCUGCUGGCGGAAAAGCUCGACCUCGACGGCAGCGAGGCGACCCUGAUCCAGCUCGAGACGGCCAAAUCCAUCCAGGACAAGGUCUUUGUGCCCAUCUUCCCCGCGGCGGCCGGCGGGUUCCUCGUCGGGCUGUUGUUCCUGUCCUUCCUGUGGCUGGAGCUGUGGUGGUCCAAGAAGAAGGCGACCAAGAAGGCGGGCGACGGCGGCGACGGCCAGCAAACGAUGCCGGGAUACGGAGCGCCACCCAAGCACGGGAAGCACGGUGGCGGUCGCAAAGGCGGCGACAACCUCCCGACCGAGCAGACGCUGCGCGGCGAGCGGACGGCCUACAUGAUGCGGCGCGGCGCGCUCGCCCUGCUGUGGGGCAGCACGGCGCUCACCGUCAUGGUGGCCAUGUCGACGUCCAUGGUGGUGGUGGCGCUCGAGGCGGCCGAGCCGGGCAUGCAGCGGGGCGGGCACGUCGAGGGCCUGCAGUGGGCGGCCGCCGUGCUGCAGACCGUCUUCGUGGUGAGGAUGGCGUUUGUCAACAGGCGCAAGGGCGCCCAGGACCUCCAGCAGGAUGCAGAGGCCGGCCCCAAGCCCGGCGGCUCUCCCAAGCCCAAGGCGGGGCCGUCACCGCACAGCCGAGCGGCGCGGUCGGGGGCGCGGCAACCGUAUCCGGAUCAGGAUUAG